ACUGCAAUGCCGGCAAAUAUAGUCUGUACGAUAUUAUGCUGUGAUGCAGUGAUUCGCUUACCGGUCGAUGUAAAAGAAAAGCAUUUUAUCAUCUUCCAUUUAAUUUUUUUUUAAAAAUGCGGCGCUAAUGCGGCCUGAUCACCCAGAAUGAUUAUCCCAUAAAAAAGUCGAAAUGGCUUCAGCUAGGAUAUCCCGGUUUUUAUUAAUAUGGAAAUUCCUGGUUUUCUAUCCUGGAUCCAACGCUCGCCAGACCCUUGUCGGUUACAUGCUGCAAAUCGGCAACUCCCCCAGCCGCUUCAUUCCCUUAUCCGGCGGAAACUAUGAUGCUAAUCCCUACCAAGCGGUUAUCGCUCCGUAUUUUAACGGGGGAGCCGGUUAUUCGGACACCGUGACCCCCGUUCCCUACUACAACCCUACGCUCCAUCCGGAACGCUACACCAAAGCCCCGCCUUUCAGUCAAGACUAUGGACCAUCGUAUUCCAUGGCGCCCAUUCCCCCGCCUUACCUCCCGCCCAUCCUACCUGCGGGCGGUCGGCCGUAUGUUCCGCUUCCGGGUGCCUAUUAUAACCCCUCAUCGGUCGCCUACGUACCGCCGGUCGCCAAUGGACCCGUCGUGGCACCUCCGGCGGUGCCGGUCUAUAAUCCAAUUCCACCGGGAUCUAACCCGGGUAUCCCGGUAUACGGUGGACCGAGUGUUGGACCCAACCCGGUUGUUCCGGUUUAUGGAAACCCCGUGGGGAGCGUGCUCCAACCGGCUGGCUCCGGAUCGAUUACGUACAUACCGUCCAACGCUCCAGUCAGCGGAACUCCAUCAGCAAACGCGUAUAAUAACCCAACUGGACCCGUUGGGACGCCGGGAGUUCCGGUUUAUAGUGGACCGGCUCCCGGAACCAAUCCGGUUGUUCCGGUUUAUUCCAACCCGGCGGCGACCGUAACUCAACCGGCUGGCUCCGGUUCGAUCACAUACAUCCCGUCUAAUGCCGCAUCCAGUGGAACUCCAUCAGCAAACGGGUAUAAUAAUCCAACCGGGGCCGUCGGGACGCCGGGAGCUGUGAUACCAGUUUAUGCUAACGCACCGCCGGCGGGAAAUAACUACGCCACCGCAGGGGCACCGGUAGCGUAUCCCUCGACGCCGGUUAACACUGGACCGAUAUCAAAUCCUCCACCCAUUUCCGGUUCGGUGACAUAUAUCCCAUCCAACGCGGUUCCUUCCAACGGUAACUCUCCGGGGACUGGAGCCACAGGCAUGUACAACGCUCCACCCGGUGCAAUUUCACCGGCUUCUAAUUAUACGUCAUCUCCCGGUACAUCCACCGGAGGCGGUUAUUCUAAUGCUCCACCACCGUCAUCGAGCAGCCCUAAUACAGUAUCGGGGUCAAUCACAUAUAUUCCAUCGGCCGCUGCUACUGGCACCCCUUCAGCAUCUGGUGGGGUUUACGGGACGCCGGGAUCGAAUGCAAACCCUUACACUCCCUCUCCGUCGCCACCGGCAGGCUCGACAAAUGGCUAUUCAUCCGGGUCAUCGUCUUCCGCUUAUGGUACCAGCAACUCUCCAGUAAACGCUCCAAGCGGUACAAAUUAUAUUCCCACUUCUGGUGGACCAGUUGGAAAUGGAUAUACUGCCGGCAGUGGUAGUUCGCCGACAUCCGGUUACGGUACUGGUUCAUCGACAUCCUACACAUCACCAACUGGAAACGCCAACCCACCGGGAACAUCCAUAACGUACAUACCAUCCGCAGCGGCGCCUCUUUCCGCUACCUCCCUGGCAGAACUGUAUUACGGCACCCCCACAGGUUUGUCUGCUGGUCAGGCGUACAACAAUCCGCCGGCGACAUCCGCGGUCAUCGACUACAUGAAUCCACUGGGAGCUGUCGUGGCGACGUACGCUCCACCCACUGCUCCUGCUUAUAUCGCUCCAUCCGGUGUCAGUGCAGGGUCAUCAGGGCCCGGGUCCAUUACGUACAUUCCGUCGGCUGCCGCUGGCACUUCCGGUGGCGUUGCGGGUUCUGGCAAUUAUGGAACGCCGUCGGGUGAAAACGGGUAUGCAUCAUCGAGCCCCUCCCCGGGUGACCUUUCGGGGGGAGCAAAUUAUGCAUCAGUGUCCAGUGGAAAUUCAUAUGGAGCUUCGUUAGGCAGUAGCAACAAUUCAAGCAUAGUUCCGGGAUCCGCCGAUUAUGGCACGUCGGGAUCGGCUUCCGGUAGCUCUGCUGCCGUUGCCUCAGCGAUUAACAAUGUUGUUAGCAGUAAGCCUGUAAUGGAAUUCCAUGGAUACUUGAAAUUUACUUGAAACAGAAGACAUCGCAUCCUUCUGCCGGUGGGAACAAGUGUGUGAACUGGAAAAGUUGUGCAGAUCAGCAGAUAUGACUUUCUUUUGGCUGGAGCGGCUGUUAAUUAUCGGAAGAUAUUCGUACAUAUAGAUAUAAAAAAAUUGACAAUAAUCCCGCUGUGUGAUACGCUUAUGGCUGUGAUACGCUCGUACUUACGUUCGACAUCAAACAACA